AUGGAGAUUUUUAUGUGUAAAGGAACAAGUCCGAACCGGUUGAAACAUACCAUUAGUGUUACUCUGUAUCAAGCAGAGAUGCCAGCCGCGAGUGGCCCGCUAAGCGAGAAUUGUGUGGGCACAUCCGAAAUUCGCAGAGCCAACUUGGACUAUCCGACUUUCUUCGACAACAACCCUCCGACUCAUCCUAACCCGUCGACCACAGCCUUCGCCAUGGCCGAUAUCGAUGUUAAGCUCGCUUCGUGGAAGUUGGUCGAGGUUGGCCGCCUUGUCCUGAUCCGCAGCGGUCCCUUCGCUGGCAAGCUCGCCGCCAUCGUUGAGAUUGUCGACCACCGCCGUGUGCUGGUUGACGGUCCCUCCGGUGAGGAGCAGAAGAUCGUGCCCCGUCACGUUCUUGCCCUCGCUCACGCCUCCCUGACCCCCUUCUCCAUCCCCAAGCUUCCCCGUGCUGCCGGUACCGGCCCCGUCAAGAAGCUUUGGGCUAAGAACGAGAUCGAUGCCAAGUGGACCCAGAGCAACUUCGCCCAGAAGACCGACCGCGUCCAGCGACGGAAGAACCUGACCGACUUCGAGCGCUUCAAGGUCCUGCGUCUCCGCAAGCAGGCCCGCUACGAGGUCCAGAAGUCCUUCGCUAAGGUCCGGGCUGUCAAGGCAUAG